CUGUGUGCGCUUAUUAAUUAUAAAAAUAUAUUAAUUUGCAUAUUAAUUUCGAAAGCUGGUUUACAAAGUAAAGCCAAAAACAAAAAAAUGCUAAACUCCUUGUUUUGUGUGAAUCUACGAACCGCUGGCAAAACCAUCAGCUGGAUUUCUAUUGUUUUCUCAUUGAUAUUGACAGUUGCAUUUUCCUUCAUUUUGAAUGAAAUAAAGCCCGUUAGUUAUAUCUCUCUUGAGGAUAGUUAUGCACUCCGAGAAGGCUUUAUAUAUGUGAUAUCCUUUUGCUUGACGAUUGCAUUGUUGAAUUUACUGAUUUCGAUCUUUCUUGUCCUGGGCAUAAUUAAGGAACGUCACUUGCUAUUUCUUCCCUGGCUUAUCUGCUCUGGUAUUGUUUUGACACUUGGAACUUUUUUAAAUCUCUUCUGCUUCAUUUCAAGUUUGGUUUUAAUUAACACUUCAAGAGGUUAUGAGCCUCUGUAUUCCAUCUGUAUUUUUAUAGUACUCGCUUUCGGAAUAUAUAUUUAUUGUGGAAUCUACUCAUUAUACAAACAGGUAGAGUACUCCUACAAACAGAAGUACCCUUUGAAUAAUCGUAUGGAUGCAACGGCUGGAUAUAGCCAUCUGGAAAAAAGCUUUGUUAGGCUAUAAGUUCCAUGUAUACCUCAAUUCAGUCCUGAACUUUAUUUAAAUGUUGAAAACGAGAAGCAGAUAAUGUAAAAUAAAAUCUCAAUUAUGACUGACA